AUGAAUAAAUCACAAGAAAACAGUGAACGUAAACCAAAUCCAAUUUUAAAAGCAAAUUUCUUAUCAAAAUGGUUCUUCUGGUGGACACGAGAGACAUUUCGUAAAGGCUAUAGAGAACAAUUGGAAGCGGAUGAUCUUUACGAACAUAUUCCCACUUUGGAUAGCAAAAAUGUUUCGUUUGCUCUUAUUAAGCAUUGGGAAAGAGAGGUUCGCCGUAAAAAGCCUAGUUUGUUGCAUAUGAUAUUUAGAGCAUACGGAUGGAAAUUUGUACCAACAUGCAUUUUGUAUUCAAUUUUGGAAAUUUCUAUACAUUGUUCACAGCCAUUGUUUCUCGGUGGAUUGGUGUCCUUUUUUGCUGAGGGUCAAACGGACAUAAGUAAAAAUCAGGCAUAUCUCUAUGCCACUGGUAUAGUUCUGUGUUCGUUGGUAUCGACGCUAUGCUUCCACCCCUUCAUGUUCUACCUCUUUGAAACGGGAACUCGUAUACGUUUGGCUUGUUCUGGUUUAGUUUAUCGGAAAUGUCUACGUUCCUCGGUGACAGCAGAAAACAGCGGAAUGAGUGGCUUUGCAAUUGCGGUUCUUUCAACAGAUUUGCCACAAUUUGAUAUGACAUUUUAUUUCUUUCAUGAUUUGUGGAAAGGACCCAUUGAGGCAUGUAUUAUGGGUUAUAUAAUGUAUUUAGAAAUAGGUUGGCCAGCGAUUGUUGGCUUGGCUUCCAUUAUAAUUUUUAUACCACUACAAGCAUGGGCUGCUAAAGCCUCUGCGCACUUUAGGCAUGAGUCGGCGGAACAUGGGGAUGAUCGUGUUAAGUUAAUGAAUGAGAUAAUAACAGCCAUGCAGGUUAUAAAAAUGUAUGCCUGGGAAAAAUCGUUUGCAAAAUUGAUUGCUUUGAUACGCAAGAAGGAGAUAAAAGCCAUUAGGGGCUCUAUGAACAUCUACGCAGCUCUACAAUGUACCGAAAUGAUUUCCAAGUUAGCACUUUUUCUUAGCUUGGUGUCGUACGUCUAUACUGGUGAGAUUGUGACUGCAAAAAAGGUGUUCAUCAUAUCCUCAUAUUAUGAUGUUUUAAAUGAUUCUCUUUUGCACUUCUGGCCAUUGGCAGUUACUACUUGGGCUGAAACGACAGUAUGUGCCCGUCGUGUUGUCACGUUUCUAAUGCAGAGCGAAGAUCCGGCGGAUGGAGGAUUAGAAAACUUCGGAAUGGACGACGAUGAUGAAAAAGGAAAUUUCAGUGGUCGUGUUCACAAUCCCAGAGCUAUUAAAAAGGGAGUUAUCCUACACAACUUGUCCGCUAGCUGGGACAAAGUUGAAUCUGAUAAGCGGCGGAGCCACAUUGAAAAUGUAAAUGCUCACAUUCACGAACAACAAUUUAUAGGUAUUGUUGGUAAUGUUGGCUCUGGGAAGACUACAUUACUUAAUGCCAUACUGGGAGAAUUGGAAAUUAUUAAGGGAAAUGUCGAAGUAAAUGGCACCAUAAGUUAUGCACCGCAAGAAGCGUGGAUUUUUGAAUCGAGUAUACGAGAGAAUAUUCUAUUUGUCGAAAAAUACGAGGAGGCACGUUAUAAGGCGGUAUUGCAUGCUUGUGAGCUAGAGCGAGAUAUUUCCCUAUUUCCUCACGGAGACUCGACAAUAGUGGGAGAACGCGGUAUAAGCUUAAGUGGCGGACAAAAGGCACGUAUAAGUUUGGCGCGUGCGGUUUAUCGCCAGGCUGAUAUUUACAUAUUCGACGAUCCUCUCUCUGCCGUGGACUCUUAUGUUGGCAAACGCUUGCUAGAACAAUGCUUUAAACGAUUUCUAUCUGAUAAAAUUCGUGUAUUAGUGACACAUCACGUACAACAUCUAAAGGACACUGAUCGUUUAAUAUUAAUGGAAAAUGGAAUUGCCGCCGAGCAAGGUACAUAUGAAACUCUCAAAACAACAAUACGUUUUAGAGUACACCUGGAACAUGAAGAUGAUGAACAGAAAGCAAGUAUUCAACAUGCCGACAGCAUAAUUGAUAAGGAUCGAGAUGAAAAGUUCAAAACACAUGAGAUAUUGCCAGAUGAUACAAAGGAUAAAGGAGAAGAACGCAAAGAACUUCAAAUGCAGGGGUCUGUCAAAUUGCUUACCUAUUUCACCUACUUUUAUGCCUUGGGUAUGCCAUGGUUAAUUAUUUUCGUAUUUGUACUCUUUAUAUUGGCCAGAGCUUGUCAGGCGACAAUGGAUAUUUUCAUAUCAAAAUGGGCUACUUGGGAAGAAACUUUGCCAACAGUACAUGAGACUUAUUCUGAAUAUACUUCCAAGCGAACACGUCUAGUGGUAGUCUAUACUAUAUUCAUUAUUGCUACUUUAGUCUUGUACAUCAUGCGCACCUUUGGGUUUUUUAUGAUCAGCUUAAAAAUCUCCUUACGUUUACACGACAGUCUUUUCAAUGGCAUAAUUCGGGCGUACAUGUAUUUCUUCAAUACAAAUCCAUCUGGUCGGAUUUUAAAUCGUUUUUCUAGUGAUAUCACUAAUAUAGAUGUGGCAUUACCACAGGCUAUGUUAGAUUCUUUGGAGUUCUUCGUCAACGCGUUUGCCGUUCUGGUUAUUGUAGCUAUAGCAAACUAUUGGCUUCUAAUACCGGCUUUUAUAAUGAUAUUAUUACUUUAUUUUUGUCGAGGACUUUAUAUCGGAGCUAGUCGUAGCUUAAAAAGGAUUGAAGUCAUGUCACGAAGUCCUGUAUAUUCUCAUACUAAUCAAACGUUUCAAGGAUUAACAACGAUACGGGCAUUAAAUGCCACACGGCAUUUGGAACACGAAUUCCAUGGAUUGCAGAAUAAGAACACCUCCGCUCUUUAUCUCUAUGUUACUUCGAAUAGAGCUUUUGCGUUUUGGACCGAUUUGAUUUGUGUUUUAUAUAUUUUGGCAGUGACUUUCAGUUUUCUUUUGAUUGAUCGUAAUUUUUAUAGUGGCGACGUAGGCUUGGCCAUUACGCAAUCCAUGACUCUGGUAAUAAUGUGUCAGUGGGGUAUGAGACAAACAGCUGAAAUGGAAAAUAACAUGACCAGUGUUGAACGUGUUAUCGAAUAUGCAGAAACUCCAUCAGAGCCAGCAUUGGAAACGGACCCUUCAGUUAAGUUACCCGAAUGCUGGCCAUCUGAAGGUCGCAUGAUCUUUAAUAAUUUGCGUCUACGCUAUUCUGAAAAGGGUGAUUAUGUAUUGAAAGGUUUGAAUUUCUCAAUAAAUCCGAUGGAAAAAAUUGGCAUCGUUGGGCGAACAGGUGCAGGAAAAUCGUCUAUUAUUCAAGCCAUAUUUCGCUUGGCUAAGAACGAAGGAGUAAUUGAUAUUGAUGGCCUCGACAUUGAAGAUUUGGGAUUACAUGACUUGCGUAGUCGUAUUUCGAUUAUACCUCAAGAUCCAAUAUUGUUUUCGGGAACCUUGCGUUACAAUCUCGAUCCAUUUGAAGAAAAGACCGAUGAAGAAAUAUGGCAUGCGUUAGAGGAUGUUAAGUUAAAGCCAUACGUCAAAGCCUUAGACGGAGGACUGUCAUCUCGCAUGUACGAUGGCGGAUCCAAUUUUAGUAUGGGUCAACGUCAAUUGAUAUGCAUGGCUAGAGCAAUUCUACGACACAAUAAAAUACUUAUAAUGGAUGAAGCCACUGCAAAUGUCGAUCCGGAAACUGAUAAACUCAUCCAAGAAGCCAUUCAAAGCAAAUUUGCCAAAUGUACCGUCCUUACAAUUGCACACCGAUUGCAUACUGUUAUGGACAACGAUAGAGUUUUGGUGGUAGAUGCCGGUAAUGUAGUUGAAUUGGGACAUCCUUUCGAGUUGUUACAAAACACUAAAGGUUACUUGUACAAGUUUGUAGAAAAGACUGGUACUGGUACUGCCCAAUUUUUAAGACGUCUUGCAGAGGAGAGCUAUCGUAAGCGUGUGGGCGACAGAAAGUCGGAAUGAUUAACUAUUAUUGUUAACUUUUCUUUACGAGAGCAAAAGAUUUCUUUCUUUAUUAUUGUUUAAAAUAAUAAAGAAGCUUUACUUUAAGACUUAAGCAUUCCUUUUUGAUAAUUGAGAGACUGUUUUUUUAUAUGUACAUAUAUUGACAUAAUAAAUCUAGAUGUUAACUGUUAUGUGAAAUAGGUAGGAAUUAGAAUAUAAUAUUUGUAUUUAUAAUUAAUUGGAAAUAAUUCAUUUAAUAAGUAUUAUUUUGGAAAAUAAUUUAAAAGUAUGAAAUCAGUUUAAAUGAGCUUUAAAUAAAUUAUUGUUUUCAAUUUGUCGACAAGAUCUAUUAAAAUAUUU